AUGGCUACAGAGAGCAAAAUUGUGACUACAUUUUCCGAGCAGCCAUUUUACUCGACAGAGAUCGAGGGACCUUCAACCUCGAAUAGCAGCACACAUGGCACAGUCUACCCUAGUAUACACGACGAGGAGGCCCCGCAGAGUGCAUUCGAGAUAAUCGAACCCCCAGCCCAGCAAUCAGCUGUAACAACCCAUAUUCUCGAACCAGUUCCCAGCGACCACUUUCCCGAUGGAGGUCUCCGCUCCUGGUCCGUGAUCUUAGGAUCCUUCUUCCUGCUUAUGAGCACCUACGGCUUGAUGAACUCAACCGGUGUGCUCCAGAAUUACUUCGCCACGCACCAAUUAUCAAAUUACUCCACUAGUACCGUGGGAUGGAUUCCUGGUGUCUUCCUCCUCUUCGGUCUAGGCCUGAGUGCCCAGGUGGGCUCGAUGUUCGAUCGAUAUGGUCCGACCGGGAUUCUUAUCGCGGGCACUACUUUAUAUGUCGCAGGUCUUGUGGUACUGGCCGAGUGUCAGGUAUAUUGGCAUUUUCUCUUGGCACUGGGGGUUCUCACAGGUUCCGGUGCCGCACUGAUCAGUACUGUCGGUCUUUCCGUUAUCCCGCAUUGGUUUGAUCAGAAUAUCGGGAUGGCGGUGGGUACGGCAAUGGCUGGUGCUGGUCUUGGGGGUGUAACAUUUCCUUUCAUUCUGCGGGCGGCGUUUACUCAUGUUGGAUAUAAGUGGGCGAUUCGCACUCUAGCCUUGAUUGUAGGUGUGCAGUGUGGGAUUGGUACAGUAUUAGUUAAAUCCCGACUUCCCAAAGGAAGAAGCAAGUCAAGUAUCAAUGUACAGGCGUUCAAGGAUGCUAGGUUCACUUGGCUGACAUUGGGAACUUUCAUGUUGGAAUUGGAGGUCUUCGCUGGCCUUGGUCUAUACCCAACAUUUGUCGUUAUGCAGGGGUUCAGCACUGCUACUGGUGUGGUUCUUCUUGCCGUAUUGAACGUAUUCUCCACGUUGGGUCGUCUAGUGGCUGGUCGUGUCGCAGACAAAUAUGGACGAAUCAAUACGCAAGUAACCCUCAUUGUGGCAGGAGUUAUAUCCAUAUUCCUGAUAUGGCUUCCGUUCGGACAUACUCUCCCCGGCCUUUACAUGUUUAGCGCAACUUUUGGGCUAGCAUCAGGCUCAUUCCUCAGUCUAGCACCUGCGUGCAUUGGGCAGAUAUCUAAGGCAAGCGAAGUAGGAGGAAGACUUGGAAUUUGCUACUCUAUUGUCAGCAUUGCGACCCUCGUCUGUAUUCCAAUCGGUGGUGAAAUGUUACAGAAGGUGGGCUCUCGGGGGAUGGUCGGAUUUUUGGGCGGUGUGUUGGUCAUCUCGCUAGGGAUGUUUGUCAUGGCUCGAUGGGCGUGUCUAAGCUAUCGGUGGAGAUGGCAAGCGAAGAUCUAG